AUGCCUCCAUUCAGCUAUGCUAGCUUAGCUCCACUUGAUUCGAGCACUGUUCGCCUACUUUCUCUUAUGCCCAGUAGAGACGAAACCGCUGCUCUACAAGGCCAACUUCACAACUAUCCUCUCCAAGAGUCGGACAAGGAAACCCAUUUAUACGAAGCUUUGUCGUACGUAUGGGGUGGCUUCGAUGAUCCUCCACAUUGUAUCUAUAUAAAUGGGAAUUCUCUCUCCAUCACAGCAAAUCUGCAUGCAGCCUUGCUACGUCUUCGAAAUCACACUCUUGAACGAGUCAUAUGGGUAGAUGCUCUCUGCAUCAAUCAGCAAGUUGAUCAAGAGAAAGGUCUUCAGAUUCAAUUGAUGCCGAGGAUCUAUGGCCAAGCAACCCAAGUCAUUGUUUAUUUCGGAGAAGCUGCAGAUGAUAGUGAUAUGGCUCUUGAGAGCAUACGAGUUGCAGCAGAUGAUGAGAACGAAAAGCCCAGAAAUUCGUUGGCCAGCAAAAGGAACCAAGAGUCAAUCCUCAGGUUGCUUAAAAGACCAUGGUUUCAGCGCAUCUGGGUUCUCCAAGAGGUCGGCUUGGCUCGAAGUAUCUUGAUUAUCUGUGGUUCAGUGGAGAUGAACGGAUAUGCGUUCUGCUCGGGUGUUAGCAAACUGGAAAGUUCACUCAAAGAUUAUUCAGAUUUACAAAGUUUGAUCCGCCCAACGAUCCACUUGAUAAGAGGAUCAAUUUUCCGUCCAAAGUACAACUCGAGUUCACUAGGCGAUCUCUCUCUAGGUGAGCUGAUCGAUAUGUAUCAUAAUCACAAGGCCACCGUACGUCAUGAUAAGGUGUAUGCCUUACUUGGUAUGUGCUCUGAUCAUUUGAGCUCGACUGGCUUAUUACCCGAUUACACGAUUCCAUGGGAGACACUUUUUCGACGGCUUAUCAAUUUCAUCCUUCACGAAAAUAUGUCUAUAGAGGCUUGGGAUGACAGGGAGGCGGCGGUAAUCAAGAGUAGUGGUUAUGUUCUAGGACAUGUAUCCUCGAUAAGGAAUGGCAUAAAUCGACAUCCUGGACAGUACGUAGAAGUUACAUUCAACAACAGACCAAUAUCGUUUCAGUACUACAAGAAUUAUGGGGCACAUUGGAUACUCCAGGCUUCUGCACAAUCCAUUCGAAAAAAUGAUAUUGUUUGCCUUCUAGAAGGAGCUUCGAACCCAACUAUUAUUAGAGCAUUCGAAGAUCAUUUUGGUAUCAUCAUGAUUGCAGUCAAUCUACGCCAACAAACACAUCAACGUAGCUCAUUUCAAUUGUCUAUGUCUUCGACACCUGAUUACUCGCAUGAAUUUUUACUUGUGUGGCAAUGGGGAUUAAUUCCGGGAGAGCAUUCUUCGUCACUCCAGUUACCACAAAUGGAGAUCAAUUCCGUAGUUCCGGACUAUUUGAAGACCAAUACGAUCAAAGCAAUGAGAUCAUUUGAAGUGGCACUGAUUCUAAAAGACACUGGGGACCUUCUUAUGGCAGAAGCUAAGCUUAAAAAAGAUAUCGGAAAAUGCGAGGAAUUGCUUGGAAUAGACGAUAUACAUAUUUUAUCAUUACAAGAGGCACUCGCGUCAGUAUACUUGAGCUCUAAUCGGUGGAAGAUGGCCGAGAACCUGCUUUUGGAGGUGAUAAGGAACAGACAAGAUCUCCAAGGCAAAUGUCAUCAAGAUACUUUAAAUAGUAAAAUGGAACUUGCAAAGGCUUAUAUAGACGAAGAAGUCCUUUCCAGGCCGUCCAGAGCCGAACUGUUGCGGGGUUUCAGGACAGAAUUGUUGGAAGCAAUCAAAAGUAAUAGUCGAAUUGAAGAAAGGAUCAUGGUACAAGCAGCAGAGUACCUCGAUGAAAGAGUGUUUAAACUUUUGCUAGGCCUCCAAAGGGAUAACGUUUCAGUCACAGAAAAUCUAGUGAAGGCCAUAUCCAGAAGCAUGAGAGAUGAUGGGAAGAUGGUUAUUCUCUUGGAGGAAAGAGCAAUGGACAGCGAGGUUACAGAAGAGAUGGUACAAUUCAUCGCCAAGAAUUGUGGCCGGAAUGCAACGAAGUCGUUGAUACAGAAACGCAGGGCUGAUGUGAAGAUUACAUGCGAAUUGUUGAACGCGGUCGCGAAAGGAUGGGAAGCUGUCGAAAGGAUGGCACUGCUGCUCGAUGGAAGAGGCGCGGAUAUAUGUGUUGAUAGCGGAUUGUUGGCAACUGUCGCGCGAUGGCAUUAUCCGAAUAUCCCCGCGAUCAUGAAGCUAAUGCUAAAAAAGCGAGGGGCAAAUAUAGCCAUUACAGAGGAAACUGUGCUCGCAGCAGUAGGGAAUAUAUAUCAUGGGAGAACGAUUGUUAAAGAGUUAUUUGCACAACAAGGGGCGAAUAUAGUCAUUACUGAGAGAAUGGUGACCGCAGCAAUGGAGAAUAUAAAUCACAGGGAAACAAUCAUUAAAGAGUUAUUUGCACAACAAAGGGCGGAUUUAGCUAUGAGAGAGAAAAUCUUAAUCACGGUAGUAGGGAAUGUAGAUCAUGGGAAUCUAAUUCUUCGAAAAUUAUUUGAAGAACAAGAGGUGAAUAUAGUCAUUACAGAGAAAAUUGUGAUUGCAGCUAUAAGGAAUAUGUACCAUGGGCCAAAUAUGAUCUACUUCUUACUUGAAAAGCGAGCAGCAGAUAUCAAUAUCACACCAGAGGUCAUGAAAGCAUUAUCAAGAAACCAAGCGAAUAUGGGGGAGUCAGAAUGGAUGUUGAGACAGCGAUCUUCUCUAAUGAUGCAUUUAUUUGAGAAGCGAGGAGCAUAUAUGGACGUUACAGAGGAAACGGUGAGGAUUAUUACAAAUGAAAUGGAAUUUCCGGAAGAAUCUCUCGCGCUAUUGAUUGAAAAGCAAGGAGAAAAAUUGAGAGUUACGGAAGGAAUGGUGAGAAUGGUUGAAGAGAAACUCCCCGAGAAGGUCGCCCUGUUGAACAGGAUGAAGGACAAUAUUCAGAAAUAUAGCAGUGGUAGUACUAGUAGCACAGGCUACCAAGCCAUUUAUUGA